AUGUUGAGAUCUUUCUUUGUGCUAUUGGCAAUUUCGAUGGUGUUCGCGGGAGUCCCAACGAAUGAAGAGACGAAGAGGUUGAUGGAUCAUCUGUCUGAUGCUGAACAUUAUCGCAAUGAGCAUCAUAACAAGCAGUUUGAUCAUGACGCCUUUUUGGGAGAGGACCAGGCCAAAACUUUCGAUCAACUAUCACCCGAAGAAAGUAAGAGGAGACUUGGAGAAAUAGCGGACAAGAUAGAUUCAGACCAGGAUGGUUUUAUAACUCUCGUUGAGUUGAAAGAUUGGAUCCGCUAUACUCAGAAGCGAUACAUCGAUGAGGAUGUGGAAAGACAUUGGAGACAGCAGAACCCUAAUAACGAAGAGUUCGUGACUUGGGAGGCAUACAGAAAGAAUGUUUACGGAUUUAUGGAUGAUAUGGACGAGAAAGAAUUAAAAGCUCCUAACAGUGAAGGCUUCACAUACUCAAAUCUUCAGAAGAGGGAUCGGAGAAGAUGGACAUAUGCGGAUGCUGACCAGAACGAUGCACUCAACAGAACUGAGUUUGCUGCCUUCCUCCACCCUGAAGACCACAGCUCGAUGAGAGAUGUCGUCGUUUUGGAAACUUUAGAGGAUAUUGACAAGGACCAGGACGGAAAAGUAUCCCUCGAUGAGUAUAUCGGCGAUAUGUACAAGCCCGAGGACGGCGAAGACGAGGAGGAGCCCGACUGGGUCAAGCAGGAGAGAGAACAGUUUACUGGAUACAGGGAUACGAAUAAGGACGGGUUCAUGGACGAGCACGAGGUGAAGGACUGGAUCGCGCCGCCGGAGUUCGACCACGCGGAGGCCGAGGCGCGCCACCUCGUGUUCGAGGCCGACGCCGACGCAGACGAGAAGCUCACCAAGGCCGAGAUCAUCGACAAGUACGAUCUCUUCGUCGGCUCGCAGGCCACCGACUUCGGCGAAGCACUCGCCAGGCACGACGAAUUUUAAAUAUAACCUAUUUUAUUUCUGAGGGCGCUGACAAAUUAACGGAAUAUUAACACACACACACACACACAUAUCGCAUAUACGGUGCAGUAAUGUUACUUAUGCAAAUUAUGUAAUUUUUUAGAAGCGUUGGAAUAUUAUAUCUACCUACCUAAAUAAAAUAAAUAAAUAUAAAUAUUUACUAACAAUCACGCCACGUUAACUGGUCCCG